AUGCGUAUUCUAGUAUUACUAGUUUCGACUCUUAUAAGUCUCGCCGUUGCAGGGCCAUCUCCCCAAACGCCAGGACAGGCCCCACCAGAGACACCUGUGCUCGAUGUUGACGCAACACCAAUUCCUCCAAACGAGAAAGGCUGGCCACACCUUUCAGAUAGUGCUGAAGGAAUUCUUGAUCGCCCACCCACACGUCUCUUUUUGGACCCCACGUGUACCCAUGAACAAAAGUCUAAACUCAUUUUGUCCUGGAAUGAGGCUCGGGAGCUGGGGACAUAUCUAGUAGAACCUCAUCAAGGCUUCAACAACGACAUUGCCCUUAAGGACUGGUUAGGUGAUGAAUGGAACGACACGAGUAGCGAUAGAAGAAGGAAGGACUCAAAAGCCAUCGGUCAAAGCUUUGCACGCCUUACUAAGCUGUUUAAUGAACCCAUGGAUCCCACUACACUCAUCUAUUGGUCUUGCGAAGACCCUGAUCAGAAAUGCUUCCCCGGUCAAAUUUCAGGGAAGACCUUUAAAGAUCUAGAGGGUACACCUUAUUCUAUAAUCACUUACACAACAAUCUGGUGCCCUGAAUUUUUCAAUACAGACUUACUAGUGGACCUUCUCGACAAACACAAAAACGACAACCGUGGUCAGGAGAUCAUCGAAAACUUUGCGUUCAGUUCCGCUGCGAUAAUGUUACACGAGAUCUUCAAGUAUAGAGGGCUGGUAGGCCACUAUGCAAUGAGCUCCCAGUCAAACUUUUUCCAAGGUAGCAAUCGUGCGGAUCACUGGUGGCAGGAGGCGGGUGAUUAUGGGACAAGAUCUGUCUUUAUGAAAGUGGAUCCUUUUGUUAUGAGUGCAACUGCCAUCGUUGUCCAACAACAUUUUGCGAUGCCUGGACCGCCUGCACCUAAGAGCAUCAUAGAUUAUAAGUUUCCUCUACCCGAUUACGCGUCUGUGGACCCGCUCCUGCCUUCUUAUACCUCUAUCAACUCCCAGUCAACAUUGCCUACUUCGAACCCGCCUGCUUACACCUCAUCAGCGACAUCUCCUUAA